UUAGAAACUCUGCGCUGCAAACUCUGGCAUUGUUAGUUUCAGCACCGCCUGUUUUUAGCUGUAUAUUGUUGAUCCAUCCAGUUUUUUUCGGUAAGUUUUUAAAAAUGAACUCCCUUGUGACCAACUACCUUCGAAACACGAAAAUAAUGUUUAUCUUUCUCUCUAUUAGAACGGUUGGAACAACUGUACAGGACACAGACUUUAGGCAUUUUGAUGCUGGAUCAACAGAAAUAAAUGGGCCGCAUUUACUUCUGGCCCUCCAUCUGCAUUGGGUGAAAUCGGUGCUACGUCAUCUGAAACCCAGCAAUACCCACAGCAUUGGUGACGUACUUCCGUUUAAAUUUUCGCCACAUAGAUGGUUUCCGGGUACCGCUUGCUCCUACUGUUUUUAGCCACAUCUGCAAGAGCUGUACCAUGAACAAGACGCAAAUGUUAAAAUAUCUUUGAGCUACUGGUACAGCUGAGUUUUGUUGUGUGCAAUUGUGUCCAGUAAUUAGCUGGUACAAUCCAGUGCUUAGUUUUUUCAUUCUCCUGCUGAUAUAAAGGCGACAACAGACCAUAGCCAAAACAUAGCAACUAAAGCUAACACUGGUAAAGUUUGUAGCUGCCUGCUAUUUCAAACUUGAGGAAAUUGAAGAUCCAGCAUCAGAAAUGGGAAGACGGAGGUUGAAAGGGAGCUGUACCUGCUUCGUUCACUGGAAUAAUUUGUUGGAGGAAAAUAAUGCAGGAGGAAAUCCACUGUUACGGGAACAGGCUGAGAACAGAGGCAGCGAUUCGGCACAAGAUCCUUCAUGUGUUCUUGAUCCUCAUACGAGUUACAAUCAUGAGGAGAUCCAUGACGGACUGCAGGAGACCCAACUACCUGAUGCCACACACACUCCGUCUCCACAUCACUCCUUAUGUCCCGCAGCCGCUUGUGCGAGCCAGCAUGUCUGUGAAGACAGCUGGGAGGAGAUACAGAGCAAGAGAGCCAUCAGAGUGGAGAAUGAAGUGGAGGCUAACAAGCUGGUCAACAACUACAGGUUUGGUUUCAGAAAGUGGAAGAGCCACGUCACGGCGCGACCGUUUGAAGACCGGUCAGAUGUUGUGAAGGAGCUUUACUCUGAACUGAACGUCAUCAAACCACAUUCAGGUCCAGGUCACUUCAUCACGUGUGGAAAUCUUGUGUAUGUGCUCCUGUUUGGUUGGUGGGUGUCUCUGGCGUAUUUUUUGGUCGGUAUUCUGAUGUUCAUCACUGUUAUCGGCUUACCUUAUGGCAAGCUUUGCUGGAAGUUGUGUUGCUACUUCCUGUGGCCAUUUGGAAACACGAUCCAUGAGAUUGGAACCACUUUGAGGAGAUGUUGUGAGGAGGCACCAGACUGUGAGUGCAGCGUGGAGACGGUGGCGGACAGCUCCUCGGUUCUGCUGCCUUCGGCCACAGAGGGACCGGCUCCAGAGGUGCCAGAACGACCUCCUCGCACUCCUUACUGGCAUCGUCUCUCCACCUACAUCUGGCUGCUGCUGGGUUUUCCUCCCCUGGCUGUCGUCCAUUCUCUGGUCUGCUUCAUCUCCUGGAUCCUGGUCUUCACCAUCCCGGUCUCCAAGAUGAGCGCUCAGACCGUGAGCGUCAUUCUGCUCCUGCCUCCUGAGGACGUCCUGCUGUCCUCCAGCUCUCACCUGAAGCAUCAAGGCUAUGAGACCAGAGCCCUGCUGUGCUGCUACCAUGCUGCAAACUGGUACUACUACAAAUACACUGUUGAUGGGAUCAAUGUGUUUGCUGUCAACCUCCUCCCCCUAGUUAUCGUUGCCCUGGUAAUCGGAUAUGUUGACAGAGAAAACCAGUUUGCCAGUUCAGAUGUCAAGUUUGCCACAGCGAUCAGCUCCAUCAUACCCCUGUCUUACUACAUCGGCAUGGGCAUCGCAAGUAUCGCCGCCCAGAGUAACUUCGCUGUCGGCGCUGUGGUGAACGCCACCUUCGGCUCCAUCACAGAGCUGACCUUUUACAUCACAGCCCUGCUCAGAGGCCACCGGGCGGCCAAUCCCUGUCUGCAGGAGGUCGUAAAGGCGGCGCUGACUGGGACUCUGCUCGGAUGCAUCCUCUUCAUCCCUGGCAUCUGCAUGAUAAUCGGGGGCCUGAAACACAGCGAGCAAAGAUUCAACAGUCGAUCUGCGGGAGUGAGCUCUGCAUUGCUCUUCAUCUCUGUGGGAGGUGUUUUUGCCCCCACGCUUUUCUCCAAGGCGUACGGGAACCUGGUGUGUGACGCCUGCACCAACGCCACGGGAGGAAACGGCUCGAGCAACGCCAGCGGCCCGUUUGUGUGCCACAACUGCCACUACGAUCUGAAAAAUGGCACUCUGUUUCGUGACCACAUCCAGCCUCUGGUGUACACUGUGUCUGCCCUCCUGCCUGCUGCCUACAUCAUUGGACUGAUAUUCACUCUGAAGACGCAUUCGCACAUUUAUAACAUCCAUGUUGGAGAAGGGCAAGAGACCGUUCAUCAUGGGACGGUGGUCCACUGGUCCCGCUGGAGGUCUCUGCUCAUCCUCAUUGUGGCCACCGUUCUCACGUCCGCUUGUGCCGACCUCGCCACCGAGCACAUCCAGCCCAUUCUCAACCAGCCCAACGUCUCUCAGUACUUCAUCGGGGUGACGGUUCUCGCAAUGGUCCCCGAGAUCCCAGAGAUUGUUAAUGGGAUCCAGUUCGCACUCCAGAACAACAUCAGCUUAAGUUUGGAGGUUGGAAGAUGCAUAGCUGUGCAGGUCUGCAUGCUGCAGAUUCCAAUACUGGUCUUUUUUAAUGCCUUCUGUGAUGUGGGCUUUGUGCUGCUCUUCAGCGAUCAGCACUUGUGGGCCAGCAUUUUCAGUGUCAUCCUGGUCAACUACAUCUUCGUGGAUGGCAAGUCGGAUUAUUUCCAGGGUACAGCCCUGGUGGUGGUCUACCUCAUCCUCCUGGCUUUGUAUUACUUUGCUCCGUCUCCAUCUGGCUGUUGAGAACAGAACCAAGUUUCAUCUCAAUUAGCACUUUAAAAAAAUUUUUUUUUUUAAAUAUGAAAGACUCAAAAUGAGCAAAUAUCAGUUGCACAGAAUCUCUGUGGGGUUUUCUGAGUGUUGAUGGGUGAAAUCUGAAGCAUUUUCUCCAUGCAAACAAAAUUAACUCAGGUAGGUGCUACUAAAUGCACUAUUAUAACUUGUAAACAAUAUUGAUAGAUGUGUAAUGUAUAGUUGAGUUGAUUUAUUUUAAAGAAAUAGUCCCUUUUUAAAAAUAUGAAGGAUUAAAAAGUAGUAUUUUUAAACGGGUACAAAAUACAUAAACAUAUUUAAAACAUUUCUAGAAAGGAUUGUGAAAGUUUGUAAAAGUGAAUCUCAAUAAAAGUUAAUUUAUGUGAUUUACAAUAAUUAUAACACUGAGCAGUUUAUUUUAUGAUUUGGUUAAAAUUUAGGUAUACACAAAACAUAAAUUACAAAAAAGGGCUUUAAACAAUCAAAUUUAACAAAGUUCGAAAUACCUCCUUUUCUUUAAUAAGAUGAAUAAGUUUUUCUGUUUGAGUUGAAUAAGUUUUAUUACAUGGUUGAUGAGGAUUAACCUGCGUACUACUGCAGACCGAUUGAGCUUGAGCAGAAAUAAAACAUAUCUACACAAAGUUUCUUAAAAGAAACACAAAAAAAAAAAAACACACAGCUGCCUGUUUUUAUUGUUUGCACAGACCAGAGAACAAGAUUUACAAAACAAUGCAGCCAUAUUUUCCUCUGAGGAAACAUCCAUUUGUUCCCGAGAGGAUUCUGUACAAAGCGACAUGCAGACCAUAUGCAAGCAGAAGAUUUCACUUUCACAGAAUUAAAACUUAAUCAGGUUGAUACAUUUGAGCUUCAAGCAUAAAUAAGGCCACAAAAUCUCAAAAAAAAAAA